AUGGCGUGCAACGUCGCGGCUGUGCUCUACGCGAUCUUCCAGUUCAUCGCGUUCAUCUUUGUGCUCGUGGCCACGCCCCUCGACAUGUUUCGCGUGAAGGAUUUGGGUAGAUUUGGCAGCACGCCUUGCCUGACACUGUGGGGCGGGAAGGAGAACUGCAACGACUUAAAGAGCGACACCAGCUAUCACGAAUUGUGGUCCUUCUGCCCCGGACGCCUUGCUAGGUUUCGCAUGGCUGAGGUGUUCGCUGUCAUCUCCAUCUUCGUGUACGGCUUGGCGGCCCUCUUCGGUUUCAUUGUGCUGUUCUGCUGCUCGUUCUUCCACUGGAUCUGCCUUGCGCUCAACAUCACUGGAGUUGUCACGGUGUGCGUCGUGUGGGUGCUCAUGGUGUUUGACUACUACAACGCCGAGGACCUUUGCCCGGCCAUCAACACCCGCUUUGACUUCGGUAACGGCUUCGGGCUGUUUGUGGCGGCCUGGUGCCUGAACCUCGUCAACACCGUGCUCUUGCUUCUCCAGUGUCGGGCCAGGGACCCGAGUGAGAGCGGGGGCCCGAGUGAGAGCGGGGACCCGAGUGAGCGCAGGGGCGCGAAGGAAUAG